AAGAAACCGAACUUGGUUCCCAAGAUCUCAUCAGAUACACAUCGCUUUUGUCUUGGUCUAUAGUCUUUUUGUGACACAGAGAUUUCCGUUUGUUUCAAGCUUUCUCUGUACCAUUAUAUUCCCUACCAGCUCCUCAAACGACCUUUGUCUAUUUCGGCGUUAAACCGCUUAUUCGCCUCCCCGAUUACGACUCUCUCACCCCUCCUGCCGUAACUCGGUACCGAGAAAUAAAAGAGAAAAAAAUUCCCACUCGAAAUAAACAACAAAGCCACCACCAAACACAGCUGCUUUCAUAGCAGCUAGAACCGCCAUGGACUCCAUGAGGUCUCUCAACACCUCAUUACCAAGCUCGACACCCCGCCCACAACCCCCGGAGCAGCUCCUUCAACAAUUCAAAACAGCUGCCCUUUCGGUCACCAACCUCUACAAGAAUGCUGUGUACGCAGAAUCACAAGCCAGGCAGGCUGGAUACCAAGAAGCUAUUGAAGACCUGCUGCAUUUUCUCGACCGAGAGAACCUCGGGUUAACUGAUGGAGAGGGUUGGCGGGUUCGACAGUGGGCUACGGAACGGAGCGAUGGCCUAGCUCAUACGAGUGACGACGAUGAGACCGAGAAGAGAACUAGGGGCGCUACCCCUGCUGUACCACGUAAGGAAGCAUCUGAGCCAGAAGCCCCUCGACAGGUUUCGAAGUCCACGUCACCCCACCGGGAAGAACAAGCCGCACCGCAGCAACCACCCUCGACACCCGCUGCCCAACCCUCCGAACCCGCUACUUUCGACCGAGCUCCUGUUUUCACCUUCUCUGCUGGCCCGACUUUCCCGCAAGUUCAGGAGCAAGAUAUGGACAUGCACAACUCGGACAGCUCAUCGCCAUCACCGCAGAGUGAGACAGCGCCAGCAGUCCCGCUCCUUGCACGGAACUCUCGCCAGCAAAACCGCCACGGUAAUCUGUCUCGCCCAAGCCCUCGAAGCUCAACGCGCGAUUCUCCCGUCGGAAUAGGCUCAAAACGAAAACAUAAUUUCCCCGACUUUUUUGACAUAGCUGGGAUGAACAAUAACCGAGAUAUAUUUGGAGGCGGCAAACGUGGUCGUUUUACCUAGAGCUACAACUUCUCCCACGCCGGGUUGAACUUCGAUACGCCAGAGUUACGCAGCGGUUGUUAUACUGAUUGUCACGGAGCAUAUAGUAGGAGUAUUGCAUCAUGCAUGUUUUUUUAUUACUCUCACAUUUAUAUUCCUUUGGGAACUCUGAUUCUCAUGUGUCCUUUUAUAUUUUUUUUUGUGACUUUGGGGCUAUACGCAUUACACGUUAUAGAGUCUAUCCGAUAUGGUGAUACCCGAUAAUCUUUUUUUUUAACUCUCUUUUUUUCACUCUUGGGUCUGGUGACGCUUGAUUAUACUUUCCUGCACAUAAUCAUAUACUAUACAUCAUCCGUACCGGAAACUCUCGAAAUAGUAAAGUUAUACAUUCAUUGAACCGUCGUAUUGGUAUAUCAAUUAAAAGCCCGC